UAGAUAGAAAAAACAAAAGUUUUGGGCUGAACUUAUCUCUUGAAAAAACACAAUUGGGCUAGUCUACAACAAACCCAAAAUACGAGUGGACCAUUUUGCAAAAUUGCACUCUUAAACCCUACACAAAAAACCUUCGUUACAUUAUCCGCCAUUUUUAUUAACUCAAUACUUCAUUCAAAACGUCGACGUUUACUUACUUCUUUCAAUUUCUGUACAUGGUGUUCCUCACCUACACAUAGAUCAAAGAAAAAAGAGGGGAGACAAUUCAAUACUGGGAGCCAGAAAUGAGGCCUUUUCGGGUAGCAAUGCGAUCUGUAAGUGAUGGAUUCUAUCAUCAUCAGUUUAAGCGGUCUAUGACUGUCAGGACCCUUUCCACCGAUUUUAAUUCUGGUCAAGGCAAUGGUGAGAACAAGGAUGCCAAUACAUCUGAGUCCACUGAUGACUUUGAGAGCCGCAUAUUUGGUGGGAUCUCUGAGGGUAAUUCCAAUGCUUUCUUCCGGAAGCUUGACAGAGUUGAGAAGGCUCGGUUUGGACUGGGGACGAACUCUGGUUUUGGUGGACAAGACCAGUUUGGAGCCGAUGAUAGUUUCACAUCAUUGAUGGAUGGGAUGGAAGGGAGACUGAAGGAGGCAGCUAAAUAUUUUGAAUUCAAUCCGGAUGAGAUUAGCCAAGAAGAUUAUACAUUUAGAACAGACAUGAAUUUCAAGUCUGGUAUGACAUAUAACCCUGAGGACCUCGAUCUUAGGAAACCAGGAGUUUGGAAGCCUAGUAAACGAGCUGAGUUCCAAGUAACUACGGAGGAGGUUCUCAAGAAAGCAGAUUUUCGGAAUGUAAGAUUCCUUGCCAGCUUUUUGACUGAAGCUGGAAUACUCAACAAGAGGAGCAAGACUGGAAUUAGUGCUAAAGCCCAAAGGAAAGUUGCAAGGGAGAUCAAGACAGCCCGAGCUUUUGGAUUGUUGCCUUUCACAACGAUGGGGACAAAACAAUAUGUAUUUGGAAAAACAAUGGAGGAUCUCGAUGCAGAUUUUCAGUUGGACGAGUAUAGUAUUCCACCUGAAGAUAUCGUUCAGGAUACUGCUGCAUGAUAAUGCUCGCCAGUGACACAUUUAAAUUUCAUCUUAUCCUGAGUAUAAGUUAGCACAUGAUCCCAGUUCAGCAGUGGCGUGUAAUUUUGUGCAUUCAGGCAAGCUAGUGAAAUUAUAUGAUCGUAAUGAUGCAUCAUUACUUAUUUUUCCUUAAAUUUCUCCAUUUUGAAUUCCGUGGAUGGUUACUUGUUCUUCUAGCUCUUUUUGUAGAAUAUUAUUCUCCCUGUUUGAUAAUGAAGAUGAAUGCAAAACUGUCAUUACAUUCCCUUGUUAUACAAAUUCAAUGAGCUAUAUACCAUUAUUAUCUUCUUCCU